AUGACAUUCCUCUUUGGUCGUCGCCGGUCCAGCUCAGAUGUGGCUGACACAGACCACACUGGGCAGGAUACACUGGCACAUCACCUGUCAAGCGAGCACCAGGGAAAAGAAGAGAAAAUCAAAGCUCCAUCGACCGAUUCAGGUAUCUUUCAUGGCUUGUUUCGAAGGAAGAGCGACAGCUCAUUAAGCUCGGAUUCUUCGUCGCCACCGAAAUCCCGACUUCCGAUUCGCCAAAAUUCGCUCCUCGUUGACACUAGGAGGUCUAGUAGCGGUGAACGUGGCCGAGAUAGUAGUCGUCAUCGCGAUCGCUCUCAUUCUCGCUCACACUCUCGCUCUGGACCACCAACGCCCAAAACCCCCAGUAGCCCCGAACCAGCAUGCGAAGGAGCUCAAUCUGAGCCCAAGCAACCGGAUAAUAUUCAAGAUUACCUGGAAUUCCGACUUGAUGAAGCCAUUAAACCCUUAGAAGGGAGUCCAGAUGGCUCGACUCUAACCAAAAAGGAUGUCAAAGCCAUACUAUCUGGGGCACCUCACUUUCUACUCGAGAGAGGCAAGCAUGGUCGCUGGUACCCGCAAGUGAUUUUCCCAUGGGAUGAACAUAAUCCGUCAAUUCUACGCAUGCUAGAUCGCAAGCCAUUAUCGCAUGCUUCAUUCACGCUUUGUACACUACACGCACACCUGCCAGUACCAGAUGACUGGGCUGUAAAAGGUGGAGUUCCAAUACAGCUGCACAGCUGGCACCGUUCUGGAGGAUUCAAGAGAGCCUCUUUCGACGUUGGUGUGUUCGAAGUGCCAAACAUGUUAGCUAAUAAUGGACGAGAGCCGGGGACUGUGGGAUACCGUCAUUUUCUGGAGUUCGAUAUGGCCGAUGCAGCUCGAUAUACUGGACCACCCGAAAAAGCGAGACAGUCACCGAACAUGCAGCGAGUUUCAGAACUUCCUGCGACAGAGGCAUUUGAGCUGAUGGAUAGCUAUAACAAGCCAUAUUCGCAGUGUUUGAGUGGAGCGGUCUUCGACAGAUUACAAUUACUGCGAGAAGGUCCAGCUGCAUGGAAACGAAUUGGGGUUCGAGAUAUUAAUCUUCGAACACUGGUGCAACGUCUCAGUCAUCUGCGACAACUACGACUGAACAUAUUACUCGAUGGGUCGACAAUGACAGUUCUCGACCUGGAAACACCUCAUGAAUUGCAUAAUAUUUUACAUACCCAGUUCCUGCAUCCACAUCCACCACCUGCAGAUAUAAUGCCCGGGCAGCCCGAAAGUCUGAAAUCGCAAAUCAAAACAUUGGCAGUUGUACUGGCUACACCUGGAGUAUGGAUAGACUUCAGUCUACCAGAAUGGCGCUUCCGAGCGGGUCAAAUUCUAUGGGAGGCACUGCCCCAUGGAGAUGGAGACUGCAUGAAUGAAUGCGACCCAAAUUCAGCACAAAAACCAUGGUUGAAUUCUGGCAUGGAGCGAAAAUGGCUUUUAAUCCAACUGUUGCUCGCUGCAGAGCUGAUCAUUCGACUCGAUGCAUUUGUUCGCAUGGGUAUGUUGCACGACCCUCAUGGUGGACUGAUGACAAUCCAAGAGCUCCAUGACUUCGACAAACUAAGAUCCGGGAAAGUGAAUUGGGAUCUUAUUGUUGUUCGUCGAUUUCUUGACAACCUUGAAAUUUCAUGUGGGCCGACUACCAGUUCACCCGGAGCUUCGCCUUCGCCUUCGCCAGUUGGCAGUUCAACUCAGCCAUCAACAGAUAAAGUCGGUGGGAAAGCACACAAGUUUUCAUUUAUCGAGUCAAUUAAUCGCCGACUGACAUCACACUCCGAGCCUGAUAUUGGAUCAGCUUGGAAAUGCGAAAUCAGUUCCCCACACAUCCGCCAACAGCUAGAAGGCCUAUAUGUCUUCGCCGAGAACAUCGGAUGGCCAAAACUCGAUACACUAAAGACUGCUCUCGAGCAAAAACUUCGGAAUGGCGGCGAGGCUCUGACUCUCCCCGCGGUAGAUACCGAUGGUCAACAACGGACACCUGGAAAUACAACCGAGCAAUCUCAGGCCGUACGAUUGGCGAAAGAAGAUAUGUACACCCGAAGCCAGACACGCCGUUGCAUUAGACUCCGCAGCUCCUGCAUGGAAGAUGGCGAUCCUCACGCAGCCGAGACAUUGGGUUGGAUCUCUCGAUCUUGGCUCUCGGGGUUCGUAGUUCCCGGCGAAGGAAUUAGCCACCUUCUCAUUGGAACGAUACUGGAAAACGAUCCAGACGCUAUCCAAGUCCUCGGUCCCUCAGCUAAUUUAUACGGCGGAUUCAUCUACGAGAGCCGCAGCUGGUGGAGCAAAGCCUGCAUCGUAGGCCGGGUUCUGUCUAGUUUGAACGGCGCUCAGACCUGUAUGGGUUGGGUUGGAUGUGAUGUUCUCCCCCGCGAUGCGAAUACCCUCAGCGCUUUAGAUCCAGGCUGGUUUGAAGUCCAUGUUGAGCGGAUGCCAGCUUCAGCGGGGCGACCGAGAAUCAAGCAAGGAGGCAAACUUGCACUAGAAUCAACACCGCUUGGCACAGGAGAUAUCACCGCUGAUGCCUUUACUUUGCCGAUAGAUGAGCCUACCAGGUCCACUGUUACAGUGUCCUUGAGCAACUUCACAUUGGCAGUGAAUACACCUCGAAGAAGAAAUAUCAUAGCCAGUGAUCAGGCAUCUCUUUCAUUUGAGAUUGGUUUAGAUUCCUCAAACCCGACUACGAUUACUCUACCCCUCCGAUACAAUGUUCGCUUCAUAUCUGCACAUGAAUGCCGUCCACCCAUGGGCGUGUUAUCUCAUCGUCUAGACGAUACUGCACAGAAGACCACAGACUGGAGCGAUUUCAAACGACUACCAGGCCACCCAUUACAUAAAUCAUUUUCAUGGAAUAACGUUCCACUCGCUUCACUUCCACAGCACCCUGCACCACAAGCUACACCCUUAUCGGCAGAUGGGACCCCGCAAAUUCUAGUAAUUGACGCACGUGGAUCUCGAUCCAAAGAAACUUUUGUUCGGGCGUGGUGCGCUUCAGUCGGCAGUCACGCUCUCAUCGGUCGUGCUGGACGAACAUGCAUCGGCUGUUGCGUGCGAGAAGCACGAGCGAUCAACGUGCAGGUCAUAGUACGAAUUGGAGAGUAA